UGGAAGAAAGUUGACAUGGCUGUGGCAUUUGUCCAAAGCCGAUGUGAAAUUGAAUUAUCUUGAUAAACGUUACGAGUUUUCAGUUUCGCUUCAUCAACUAGGCGUUCUGCUUUUGUUCAACAAUGCAGACGCCUAUUCUUUUAAAGACAUAAGGGAACAUACUGGACUGAGUGAACAAGAGUUAAAGAGGCCUAUGAUCGACUUAUCAGUUUUUCUCGUAAUCCCAGCUGGCACUCUUCAAGACGAAACGCAGAUAAAAUUGAAUAUGAACUUUACAAAUAAACGAAACAAAAUCAAGGUUAGUUCUUCUUUGCAAGCCGAAACACCUCAGGAAAAUGAUGCCACACGAAAAGCUGUAGACGAAGAUCGCAAGCUAUAUCUCCAGGCGUCGAUCGUGCGUGUAAUGAAAUCACGCAAGACUCUGGUGCAUAAUCUACUAGUGAAAGAAGUCAUAGACCAGGCGAAAGAUAGAUUUAAUCCCAGUAUACCAAUGAUCAAAAAAUGCAUUGAGCAAUUAUUGGAAAAGCAAUAUUUAAAGAGAACCAAGGAAAAUAAAGAUAAAUACGUUUAUGUAGAGUGA